AUGGCCAAGAGCCACGGUCUCUGCAGCGACCUGUCCGCGAAGGAUCUUGUGAAAAAUCACCUGAUGUAUGCGGUGCGGGAGGAGGUGGAGGUCCUGAAAGAGCAAAUCAAAGCUCUGUUGGAGAAAAACUCCCAGCUGGAGCGUGAAAACAGCCUCCUGAAGACCCUCGCCAGCCCCGAGCAGCUGGAGAAGUUCCAGUGA